AUGGUUCUUAUGGCAAAGUCAUGUUUUGCACUGGGAGACCAGAAAGAAAUCCAAUUGACAGAAAAUGAUGAGACAAAUUCUAUCAAUCAGACGUUUGCUCUUUGUGAUGACCAGAAAGGCUUUAUACGGUGUGCCAAAGGUACCAAGAUACAGAUUAUCUCCUCUAAUUUUGGCCGAACAGACACCCAUGUCUGUCCCGGAGGUAAAACUGACACAAGCACCUGUCGGUCAGAGACAUCUGAAAUCAAAGUCAAAUGGAAUUGUAAUGGGUACCAAACGUGUCACCUCCAUGCCUCAAAGAGCAUAUUCGAGGAUAAAUGUCCAAAUUACAGUAAAUAUUUACAGAUCACUUAUCAAUGUGUCAAGGAACCACAAGUUCAAUCUGAAGGGAAAGAUUUGAUAGCUUUCCAUGCCUGUACUCAUAGAAAAUUAUACCUACAUAGAAGUACCCCAAUUAACAUUGUUUAUGACGCUGCUUAUUUCAAUAAUGGGAGCGCAUAUGAUACCCAUACCGGUUUCUUCACUGCGCCAGCUGAUGGAUUGUACGCCUUUGCUUGGAGUAGUUUGGUAGCUGAACGAAAAAUAUUUGACACAGAAAUUUGCGUCAAUGGUAAAAGAAAAGGACUGCUUGCCUGCAAUAACUUAGUUAAUCCCGGAAUGCAGUCAUGCUCUAAUACUGCGCCACUAAUUUUGCAAUCUGGCGAUAAAGUUAACAUACGAGCUAUCGACGGAAAUCAACUGUGGGAGUAUUAUUCCAGUUUUCAGGGGUGGAAAAUUUGA